UUUGUUGGCGCAGGGCUCUGUAAAGAAGAGGAAAAAAUUAGCAAGUUUUUUUUUUAUUGGGCGUCAAUAAAAUUAUUGUAAUUGUGAAAAUUUCGCAGAAAUAAUAUAAUUUAAAUUAAGAAAAACAAAAACAGGAGUGAAAAUGCUCGCCUUAAUAAACAGAAUAUUGGAUUGGUUCAAAAGUAUCUUUUGGAAAGAAGAAAUGGAAUUGACGCUGGUUGGACUGCAGUAUUCGGGAAAGACGACAUUUGUUAAUGUUAUAGCUUCUGGCCAAUUUACUGAAGACAUGAUACCAACAGUUGGUUUCAAUAUGCGUCGCAUAACGAAAGGUAAUGUAACAAUUAAAGUUUGGGACAUUGGCGGUCAACCACGUUUCAGAUCAAUGUGGGAACGAUAUUGUCGUGGUGUAAAUGCAAUUGUUUACAUGGUCGAUGCUGCUGAUAAAGAUAAAAUGGAAGCAUCACGCAAUGAAUUACAUUCACUAUUAGAUAAACCACAAUUAGCUGGUAUACCUGUUUUAGUAUUGGGUAAUAAACGUGAUCUUCCAGGUGCUUUAGAUGAAACCGGCCUAAUCGAAAGAAUGAAUUUAUCUAGUAUACAGGACAGAGAAAUAUGCUGUUAUAGUAUUUCGUGUAAAGAAAAAGACAACAUCGACAUAACUCUACAAUGGCUAAUUGCACAUUCAAAAAGUCAAAGUCGUUAGAAAAAAAAAAACUCCUCCCUUGUAACCCACUCCUACCUUCAGUACUCGAAACGAAGACAAUUGAGUCGUUUUCAAGUAAGACUCAAUGAAUUUCCGUGUGUGUGCGUGUACUAAGCUUGUGAUGGAUUGAUGUGAUGCUUCUAAUGAUUAAAGCUGAUUAAAUGAUGUUGAUGAUUAACGAAUGGUGGAAUUAAUGUAGGAUAGAAAUUUAUUUAUUUUUUUAUUCUCUCUAUCUAUUUCUCUUAGUUUAUUUUCUUAUUAUCAUUUUAUAUAUAAAAGUGAUGCCUUUAAAUAAGAAAAAGUAUAAAAUGGUUUAAAAAAAGAUAAAACUAAACUAACUUAACAUAUACUUGUAUUAAACAAAGAAAGGAAAAACUUAAAGCUUUAGAACACAUUCUUCUAAAUAAAACAAAAAAAAAAUAUACAAGAUUUUUUAAAUUUCAAAAAAUUAAGUUUCAUUUAAGAGCGUAAACUCAAAACACAAAAAAUAUAGAGAGUAUCGAACUAUUAUUAUUUAUACAUAU